AUGUACCCGACUACACUUCACCCCAGCCCCGUCAAAGACGGAAGGCGCGUUCUCGGUGAAAAGACCGCCAACGCGUGUCUGUCACCCGCUCGCCAUCGGCCCGAUGUUUCGCCCAGCAAACGCUCGCUCCUCGAAGCACCUUCUCCAAAAAAGCUUCUUCCCUCUCCUUUAUUUGCUGGCCAGAAACGCACAAUUGAUCAGGUGAACGACGAUCAAGUGAAUAAUGACAACCUGCAGGCUCAACAUGGCGAGUCUCGGGCGGAAACACAAGCAGUGCACGGCGUGCAUGAUGAAGCUCUCACACACUCUACAGCUCAUAAAAAUGACUGGUGUGGUUGA